UUUCAGGGACCACACACUACAUAAUGAGGAUGCGGAAGUGAUUUGCAGUUUGGGAGGUCACUAGUUUAAUGGCUGGGAGGUAGAGGUCAGAGGGACAAUCAAAAUGAACUCCAUUCCGUCGAUGGACAGGCACAUACAGCAGACUAAUGACCGGCUGUUAUGUAUCAAACAGCACUUACAGAACCCCGCCAACUUCCAAACGGCAGCAACAGAGCUGCUGGACUGGUGCGGUGACCCCCGGGCCUUCCAACGACCCUUUGAGCAAAGCCUGAUGGGAUGUCUAACGGUGGUGAGUCGGGUGGCAGCGCAGCAGAGUUAUGACCUGGACCUGGGCUACAGGGUCCUAGCGGUGUGUGCUGCCAACAGAGACAAGUUCACCCCCAAAUCAGCAG